GCGAGGCACCAAGAGCACAUCGAUCGGCUUUGUUGCACCUUUAACGUUAGCAGAGUAACCUGCUUAGCAUAGCUAGUCGGGCUAUGUGACAAUCAUGUUUAGUAAUCAGGGCAUUCAACCCGUAACUGUUGUUUUUAACAACACAAAAAACUGCUUUCUUCAUCUCUCCUCAAAGUUGAUAUCGCAUCUUUCUCUGAACGAGAACCAGGCGUUGGAGUUGUCCUGGGGCCAUGGCUCUCCAGUGUUCCUCAGCUGGACUCAAAACAGAACCUCCUGCAGCCUGGACAGCCAUAAAGUGGAACUGUGUCGACAACUGGGAGAAAAGCUUGGCCUGCGCGACGGGGAGCAGGGCUUCCUGAGACCAUGUCACCAAGUCUCAUCGGUGCAUCAAGUAUUUGUGGAGCCACUGUCAUCUGAUGACUGGGAAAUCUUGGAGCUCCACAGUGCUGCACUGGAACAGCAGCUGUUGGAUCAGAUCAGAGUUGUUUUUCAAGAUGCCGUGUUUCCUGUGUGGGUGGGCAGCCACACUGCCAUCUACAUCCAAAUAGCAUCGCUUUCACCAUCUGUGCCUUAUGGUCGCUUGGAGCAGUUCACAGAACUAGUGGUCUCUCCAAAGAACCGUGCUGGAAUUGGCCAGCUCAUUGGUUCUCCAGUGAGAAACAGCAAGAAACAGCAUUUUAACAGACAGCAAAAUAUGGAUCUUUCGAACCCCUCAGGACCGUCACUGGAAAGUACCUCCCAUGUGCCUCAAAUCCACCAGUGGGGGGGCAUAGCUGAUCUGAAGAGCCUGCUACGCUAUAUGAUAAAAGGUGCUUAUGACCCAGUUAAAGAGCUACCACCUUUACCUGAGGUCCCUGUCCUCUUCACUGACUCUCUCUACAGAGUGUGCGGUGCACCUCCAGACUCCCUUUGCACUAUAAGCCAUAUUGCAACUGCCGUUAUUCAUUUAUUUCCUUGGAGCCGGGGGUUGAAUGCUGGGCCAACUGGAGGUCAGUCACUGGUGACUUAUGGCCUGCUCUCCAAAGUUCUCUCUCCUAAAGAAUCAAGGGACAAAGCCAAGCAGGCUAUGGAGAAAAAGAAGCAUGCAGGUGUUACUAAAGUUGCGGGAGGAGAGGAGGUGAAAGAAGAGAAAGCUACAGUGGUCAGGGUGGUGUGCCAUGAUACUGAGAAGCUAGCAUGCAAGGAAAGGAGUCCCAGCAAGGGAGAAAUCCAUAGUGGAAGAGUAUGGAUCCCACAGGCCCUGGCCUUCAGGUUGAAUAUCAUCCCACAUUCAACAGUUAGAAUCAAGCCAGUCAAAUCAACUAUCAAAGUAGCCUCCUCUAUUCGUCUUAAGCCUCUCAUACCACUGCUCGAGGAGGACGACGAAGAGAUCCAGACAGCUUUCCUCGGUUGGCUCCACACUCAGAGUCAUGAACCUUUAGCCUGUCUGACUGCACGGUCUGGCACCAUCCUCCUACAUGGAACUGAUGCAAAGUUAGAGUUUUCCUUAACGGUACUGAAACCGGAACCAGAGAGUGACCCUCCAGACCAGCUGUUUUCACUCACAUCUGCUGUUAUCCAGAAGGAAAACAUACAGGUCGACCGAGAACCAUUGCCAGCUGUGAAUUCUACAACUGGAACGCCCGACCCAGAGCUUCCCUCCCUCAGUAUUCUAGGUGGGAUUGAUGAGCUUAGUAGGACUGGAUCUGACUUCAUCUCCCACAGCCUUCUGGGUAGUCCCCUCUAUAGAGAGCUUGGCACAACUGGACUGGGACUCCAGGGAGGAGCUCUACUCAUCACUGGUGCUAAGGGAAGUGGAAAGAGCACUCUAUCCCGAGCCCUUUGUAGAAAAGCUCGAGAAGAUCUGGAUACACAUGUUGAGCUGGUAGACUGCAAAAAACUACAAGGCAAAAGGUCAGAAACAGUGAGACAGAUGCUGCAGGAUAUUUUUGAACAGGCGGAGUGGAGGCAGCCAUCAGUUGUUCUGCUUGAUGACCUGGACCAUGUGACUGGGGCACCAAACUCACCAGAGCAUGAGCAUGGUGCUGAGGCGCUGCUGCAACAGCACAUUGCACAGAGUCUAAAAGAUGUUGUGGAUAAGGUCCUGGUUCACUCCAGUCUGGUGUGUCUGAUCAUCACCAGUCAGAGUGAGCAUUCCCUGCACCCCUCCCUGACCGAGAUGCAGGGGUCCCACUUCAUCCAGGGCUUUGUACACAUCCAGCCAUCAGACCAGGCUCAAAGAGCUGAAAUCCUGCACCGCCUGAUUCUCAGAAAAACCAGCAUAUCUGUUGAGACCUUACAGACUCUAGACCUGGCAGCUGUUGCCAAGGAGACACAGGGAUACACGCCCCAGGACCUUUUACUAGUGUUGGAGCGGGCUGUCCAUGCCAACACUGUACAAGGAGGGCACAGUGACCAGGGUGUGUGUCUGUCGUGGAGGGACUUUGUGCAGGCUCUCAAGGAGUUCACGCCUCUCUCGCUGUGGGGUGUAGACCUCCACACCCCAAGUGGAGUUGGGCUGGAGAGGGUGGGGGGGCUGAGAGAAGUGCAACAGCAACUAAUGGAUACCAUACUGCUCCCCGCUAAGUAUCCAAUCCUGUUCUCCAAUCUUCCUAUCCGCCAUCGCUCAGGAAUAUUGCUGUAUGGAGCUCCUGGUACAGGGAAGACCCUGCUGGCCAGGGCUGUGGCCAAAGACAGUGGUAUGAACUUCAUCAGCAUCAAGGGGCCUGAGCUUCUGAGUAAGUACAUUGGAGCUAGUGAGCAGGGAGUCCGUGAUGUCUUCCAGAGGGCGCAAGCUGCCAAGCCGUGCAUUCUGUUCUUCGAUGAGUUUGACUCUCUGGCUCCGAGGAGGGGCCAUGACAGCACGGGUGUAACCGACCGUGUGGUUAACCAGCUCCUCACCCAGCUGGACGGGGUGGAGGGACUGCAGGGUGUUUAUGUGCUUGCAGCCACCAACCGUCCAGAUUUGAUAGACCCGGCCCUGCUAAGACCUGGACGCCUGGACAAAUCCCUGUACUGCCCCCCUCCUGACCUGGAAGCUCGUGAAGAGAUCCUGAAGGCUCUGAGCAACGGCAUUGCCCUUGCCGCUGACGUGGACCUUGAGCAGCUGGCAGCAGCAACAGAGCAGUUCACCGGGGCAGACCUGAAGGCCCUGCUCUACAAUGCACAGCUGGAAGCGGUCCACAACAGCAUGGGCUCCAGCACACCACGUGAGCUGACCUCCGGCUCAGACAGCGACAUGAGCCUGUCCUCCAUGAUCUUCCCGAACAACAGCAGUGGCUCAGAUGAUUCGGUUGGUGAUGGGGACCCAGGCGUGGGGCUGGACCAGUCCAUGAUUCUCCUGGAGUCCAGUGAGCUUCAAGCAGAAGACGAACAACAUUGUGGCAAUGUUUGGAGACUCUACUUUGGAAGCUCAUACGAGUCAGAGUUGGAGAAUUCACCGAUUUCAGAACUGAACUCUCGCUGCGUCUCUGGACCGAACUCCGUGACCCAGGACUUAACAAGGGCAUCAGGUCGGGAACCUGGACGCUCACUCACCCCUGCCUACAUGUCCUCCCUCCGGAGCGGGUACAAAGAACUCGGCCCAGAGCAGCUGGACCGCCUACAACAAGACAUCAACAACAUCAAGACCAACUACCGGAGAGCUAAUGAGGCCUGUGUCCGGGUGCAUUCAGUCUCCAGCCAGCCAGGCCUCCUGCUGUGUCAGGCUCAUGUGAACUCCGCCUUGGCUGUGACCAGACCGUCUCUCAGCAAAGCCGACUGCAGCAGAUACACAAAACUGUAUGCAGCCUUUGACAGUGCAGAAGAUGGAAAAUCUCUUCACUCUGCUACAUUUAAACCUGGACAACGUGUGACUUUAGCUUGAUCAGACAUGCUAGCACACCUAAUUUGUUAUUUUGAUUUAAUAAAAACAUAUAUAGCUUAUAAUCGUACACGCUGUGUAGUUUAAUAGCUCUAGAGCUUUGAAGAAAAUGUAAAUUAAUAUAUUUCCUGCUGACUUGAUCCUGAGUGAGACUGUUAUCUACUUAUAAUGUAAUCGCUGUAUAUUUUGUACAAUGCCAGGGGAUAAAUUAUGUAAUUGUUAGAAUAAAAUUGUUGUUCAAAUCUU